AAUAUUACGUUUAUUUCCCUAACACUGUGGGCUUGACCAUAAUGUUUAAAUCUCGCGAUACCGGGGUUGAUUUAUGAGUUUAGGUUGGUGUUUGAAGGACACAGUGAGCGCGGUUUGCGCGAGCCGGAGAGUUUACAAGCUUGCCUCAGUUAGGGCCCAUUUGUUCGUGUCCUACUUUCAAAGUUAAAGUUUCCCGAUUUUAAAAGUUAAUUCAAUUUUUUUUAACAUAGUUUCUAAUCAACCAUGUUUACAAACCUCCUGUGCAGCAAAUAUAAAUCGAGGUAGAGGUUGAUAUGAGCAUACAUUGAAACCAAUCAAUCGUUAAAAUGUACAGCACUCAGUAGGCAUGCUUUACUUUGAAGAUUUUACAGGAAGUGGUGUUAUCACAGCAGGGGACUUGUUAAUGAGAUAAACAACGGAAGGACGUUUGAAAGAAGAACAGACCCUGGAAUACAAGUCAAGUAAUACUAUUCAUAAUAUAGUAUUAUUUAACAAAAGGGUCUUCUUCAUCCAACAAACCCAGAGUAUUAUUAUUUAUUAUCUAGAGACGGGCCGGUGGUUGUGUUGAAACGCAGUCUUGGUCGCUUCCUUGUCCGGGAUCUCCAGAUAAGAGGCGGUGUACUGCGGAGCUCCGGAGCCAUGCUGCAUCCCGUACCCCAGAAGAGACGCUGCGAGGCGGCGGCAAACUGGACCAGCGGCCUGGCAAAGCGUGUGUGUGUUGGCCCGGCACUGUGUCCCCAGACGAUCGACGUUGCCAUGGAAAUUUCCUGGACGCCCCCACCCACCGCCCCACAACCUGAACAUCAACAAACCCGCCCCACCAGCAUGACGCAGCCGACGUCUCAAUGCUGCCCCCGCUGCCUGGCUGGGGAACCGGGACAUAUUAACCAUAUCCUGGGACUGACAGCCUGAACAGGAUCUUCAGCGGAGGAGGAAGAGGAAGGAGGAGGAACCUCCAUCUCGUCCUCCAGUGUGUGGAGUGAAAACUCACAGCAAGCCAUAUGGUUAAUACCCAAACAAACAAAUCAUCAAAAUGUGCUUUAAAAGGGAUUGUUAAUAUGUAGAUCCGUACAAUAUACAUAACUAGAACCAUGCUAACCCUCAACUAGCUAGCAGAAGAGAUUGUGUAGAUGCUAACCCACAGCUAGUUUGCCUAAGUAUUGUAUAGCAUAAUAGCUAGCUGGUAGACUUGUCCUACUUGGCGUAGUGCCAUGCUGGUAUCAUGUCACAUACCUGACACAAAUUGCAUACAAUCAAUAUUAUUUGAAUCAAUUUUAUUCCACCGGGCAUAAAAAAGUGUUUCUAGUUUUUGUAAUUUUAUACAUAAUUGUAAAUAAGGCUGUUGCUGCAGACUUUAUUUCAGAUUUUCAAUUGAAGAAUUUAUUUUUCUAGAUUUAAUCUUGAUGAUCAAAAAUAUCCUUCCAUUUCGAUGCAGAAUCAUUACUGUCAAAACAUCCAGAUGUUAAACCAGUUUGCCGAUCCAGAUGUUGAACAGGUCCACUGUGUACAUAUUCAGACAUUGAACCAGUUCACUUCCAGAUGCUUAACCAGUUGGCUGAUCCAGAUCUUGAUUCAGUUCACUGUGUACGCACAUCCAGAUGUUGAACCAGAUUAAAGGGACUGAAGUCAUCCUCAGUGACGUCCAGGGAUGUAAAACGAACGACCAUACGACUGAACUCGUGUUUCUGUAACCAGUCAAGCCAAAGAACAUGUUUUGUAAUUAGUUUGACACAUGCUCCAAAGAAGGACCAGUCAAAGGGCAUUACCUUGUGGUUGUGUUUUCAAGAUCUUUAUAGUUUUCUACAUGUAGAAUUUACAGAGUGUAAAAUUUGUGAGACAUCAUAUAAUGAUUGAAUUGUUUUGUGUGUGUUUUUGGAAGCAAUGAGCAUUCAAUAAACGCUUUGAU